UCUUUUAUUGUGUAUUUUGGAGUUAAUACCUAUCUACAUUGUUUAAAAUAUUUUGUCGUUGUUUGUUAUCAGCAAUGAAUUUAAGUAAUAUGUUGAUUUUAUGUUUCUUAACGGUAUUAUCCUGCCAAAUGUCAAGGACACAAAACUCAACUACUCAAAAUAAAGAAAUUCGUAUAGAAAACAUGAGUUUUGUUUUUUACAAUUCAUCGGUGAAUGAUUUCACAGUCAUACCUGCUAUCCAUUCAGAAUCUCUAUUGGAAAUAGAUUAUUAUAAUAGUUCAAAACCUACACUCUUUGUUUGUAUUGGAGUAGCAACUGAGAUUCAUGUUGGUAAAUUUCCACCAUUGGUUGAUGAAAUUAUAAAAACAAAAAAAUACAACUUAGUCGUUAUUGAUGUUACUUAUUAUACAUUGGACGCAUAUUUUGGAAUAGAUCAUCCUCGUCUUAUUGGCAAAACUCUUGCAAAAGCCGUUCAAAAUUUAGUAAGUGCUGGGCUACCAACAAACAAUACAGAGUGUGUUGGUCAUUCGUUGGGUGCAACUAUAUGUGGUGAAAUAGCCAAAUUGGUUCAACCUAAAAUAGCCUUAAUAGUAGGGUUAGAUCCAUGGCGAAAUGGUGGAUUUUUUCGCCGAGGUUACGCUCUACACACAAUCAGUUUACGAUCGGAUGCUCAAUAUUUUGGUGAUAUUUUAUGGGAUUCGGACACUGAACUAGUUGCAAAUGGCGGUGUAAGAAUGCAGCCUGGUUGUCAUGAUUCAGAGGUUGAUAAUUGCAGUCACUGUUUGGCUCUGUUUUGUUGGAUAGAUAUGAUAAAAAAUCCAAGUAUUUUCUUUGGCGUGGAAUGCAAUGAAAUUGAAUGUGACUAUACAUCUAUUGUUAGCAACUUAGGGCCAGAUUUCAGAAAAAAAGGUACAUUUCAUUUUCGAACCAGUGGAUAUUCACCAUAUGGUCUGGGAAUUGAAGGAAUAAAGGAUAUUGUACCUACCAAAAAUAGUACUUUCAAAUAUUACGAUGCUCAAUCAAUAGACUUUUUUUCUCCAGCAUACAGAGGAUACCUCUCAAAGGAUAUAAUAGAAUAUUAUUAAAUAAAUAUGCAAUUU